CGCAUGCCAGCUAUCGAUGUUUUUAUCGCCAUUCCCAUAUGGAUACGCUGUUCGGGACAAUAAAAUGUUUGUGACAAAGAUUGUCCUUGUUUUGGGAAAAUUUGAAUACUAAUUUGUAUCCAUUUUACAAAUACUGCCAGUGAUUAAUGUUUUGCUCAUAAAAAGUGCGCUGCAGUGGUAUCCCAGUGUGGUUAAAACGUGAUAGUUGAAAUGUGCUGCGUUAUUUUCACAAAGCCCGGAUGCUACAUCGUGGAAAGUGUUGACACAGAAACUGAAUAGAUAGUGGAUUUUUUUUAUCCCAAGCAUUGUGAUUUUACAUAUUCGUUCAAUUAACCCCAAUCAUAUCAAUAACCAACGGGAUUGAGUGUAGAGCCGAUUGGAAACAAACGAGCUGGCUUCGCCGUGGAAAACUGCCAGCGGAUGUGUUUAUUGAUUUUCCCAAAAGGAUAAACAAAGCACCCAACAGGGGUGAAGUUUCCCGGAUGCCAAUAAUAAAAUAUGCAUUGAAAACCACACGCAAAGAACGAACGAGAUUAUAAAUUUUCUGGUCUUCGACGAGGCGAGCGCCUUCGAUGUAGAACAGAAGGAGCAAAAAGUGUUGUACUCCAGUGCGGUUGAAGCUAGGCAGCGGAGGUGAAAUAAAUGAGUCUUAUAAUGUCAGUUCAGAUGACCCGAUACAAACAGGCACAGUUUGCCGAUGAGGACAGCAGCAGCAUUGGCUCGGUCCAGAUCACAGAGACUAGACACAGUCCGACGAGGCACAUUCGGUAUCACGCGGCAAGGGGGACAUCGCUGUGGAACGCCCGCAGCAGACUAGAGCGGGUACUGCUGCUGCUGGUGCUGAUAUCGGUUGUGACGAUUGUCGCCCUGAUCAGCAUACUGGCAACCGAAAGCACCAGAAUACUGCACGUGCAGCCCCACGUUGACUCCAACAUAUACAGAGGAGCCUCUUUGGACGGCGACGUAUCACUGCCGUGUCUGAACAAACAUUGCAUUUUCGCCGCAAGCGAAAUACUGCACUCCAUUGAUUCCACCGUUGAUCCUUGCGAUGAUUUCUACGGGUACUCCUGCAACCAGUGGAUCAAGAACAAUCCCAUCCCGGAUGGUAAGUCAAUGUGGGGAACGUUCGGCAAGUUGGAGCAGCAAAAUCAGUUGGUCGUUAAGAAUGUUUUGGAGCGCCCGGAAGCGGAGUUCAAGUCCAAAUCGGAGAAGAAGGCCAAACUGUACUACCAAUCUUGCUUAGACGAGGAUGAAACCAUGGAAAAAUUGGGGGCUGAUCCAUUGCUCAAGCUGUUGAAAAAUAUUGGCGGCUGGAAUAUUACCGCUAAUGCCACUGGGUUCGACGUGAAGAAGUGGUCGCUGCAGAAGUCGUUGCAGAUACUGCAGAUCAAGUACAACAUGGGUGGUCUGUUUGGGUGGGCCGUUGGUGAAGAUGACCGUAAUUCUAGUAAACAUAUCAUCCAGAUUGAUCAAGGUGGAUUGACUCUUCCGUCGCGGGACAAUUAUCUCAAUAAAACAGCUAAUGCUAAAAUUUUAACUGCUUACCUUGACUAUAUGGUAAAAGUAUCAGUGCUGUUGGGGGCAAAUGAAGCCGAUGCACGUCGACAGAUGACAGAUGUGAUUGACUUUGAAACCCGACUGGCCAAUAUCACAACACCGCAAGACAUGCGUCGUGACGAGGAGGAAAUGUAUCAUCUUAUGCCAGUUAAGACAUUGCAGUUGAAAGCUCCGUUCAUCAAUUGGCGUGACCACUUCGAUGAAGCAUUCCGAUUGGUGAAGCGGAAAAUUACUGAAAAGGAAAAUGUAGUGGUUUACGCUCCGGAAUAUUUAGAGAAACUUAAUGCCCUUGUUAAAGAGUAUAAUGCUACUGACGACAAGAAAAUAAUCUUGAAUAACUAUUUGGUGUGGCAAACGGUGCGCACUCUGACAUCUUGCUUAUCGAAAGCUUUUCGAGAUGCAUACAAAGGACUCCGGAAGGCGCUAAUUGGUUCUGAUGGAGGCGAAGAACCGUGGAGAUACUGCGUGAGUGACACAACAAAUGUGCUCGGAUUCGCCAUAGGAGCUAUGUUCGUGCGAGAGGUGUUCCACGGCGAAUCGAAAAGCCGAGCGGAAGAAAUGAUCAAUGAAGUACGAACAGCUUUCAAAGAUAAUCUCGACAGUUUGGCGUGGAUGGACAAUGAGACAAGGCAGUUAGCUAACGAAAAGGCCGAUAAAAUUUCCGACAUGAUAGGGUUUCCUGACUACAUCUUAAUUCCGGACGAACUAGAUAAAAAAUAUCAAGAGUUAAAUAUAGAUCCAAAGGCUUAUUUUGAUAACAAUAUAAAUUUCAAUAUCUAUAGCUUAAAGAAAAAUUUGGAGAAAUUAGAUCAACCAGUUGAUAAGACUCGAUGGGGUAUGACCCCUCCCACUGUUAAUGCGUACUACACACCGACCAAGAACCAGAUUGUGUUUCCAGCGGGUAUAUUGCAGCUUCCAUUCUUCGGGAUGCAGAAUCCUAAAAGUUUGAACUAUGGUGGCAUGGGCGUAGUAAUGGGACAUGAGUUGACUCAUGCUUUCGAUGAUCAGGGUAGGGAGUACGAUAAAUUUGGGAAUUUACAUCAAUGGUGGAAUAACAAAACAAUAGACAAAUUCAAGAAACAAACUGAAUGUUUCAAUAAGCAGUAUAGUGCGUACAAAGUGAAUGGUAAGAAUCUGAAUGGAAAGCAAACAAUGGGAGAAAACAUAGCCGAUAAUGGGGGUCUAAAGGCAGCUUUCCAUGCGUAUAUCAAAAAUGAAAAAUACAGUACUUCGGACACCGAUACAUUACCACUUCCUGGCUUGAAUCUAACGCAUCGGCAGCUAUUUUUCGUUUCGUUCGCUCAGGUCUGGUGCUCCACGGUGACUGACGAAACGACUACUUUGCAGAUAGAGAAGGAUCCUCACUCUCCACCGAUGUACCGAGUGAUAGGAUCACUGUCAAAUUUGAGGGAAUUCUCGGAUACUUUCAAGUGUCAGCAGGGUUCAAGAAUGAAUCCUAUAAACAAGUGCGAAGUAUGGUAAAAGACUGUGUAGUAUGUUGAUCGUGGAGAAGCUCAAAGCUUAAUGAAAAGCGGAAAAGGGAGAGCUAGGAACUUCGUACCUUUAUUUUUUAAUUAUGUUCAGAUAGUAGCAUUAUGUCAAACUAUCAUCAUUAUAUGUUACCUCAAUUUACAGUUAGGAAGAUAAAAGGAAAAUUGCUCUAAUUGCUGUAUCAAAAGAAAACUAAGUUUAUAUUCGUGUACAAACAUACACUUUAGUUCUACUUCCAGCCAUCGGCAUUUACCAGUAGUGAUUUAAUUGAUUGAAAGUGAAAUCAAACAAUUGCGAUGCCAAAUAUUCCUAUCACUUGACAAAAAUCUCUGUCCUAUUGUAUUAAUGAGCUAGUGAUUAGAAUCGAAACUGUGCUAAUUGAAAAUAUGUAUGAGUGUAAAAAAUUGCAAAGUUACUAAAUGUGAUUUACAGACCAGAACAAAAAAUCUGAUACGUUCAAAGUAAAUGACUGCAGUGCAGGAAAUUUAUUGUUGUGAAGAAAGUUCUAGGGUAUCCAUCAUAAAAGAUUUUUCCAAUCUUUAUAGUUAACCUUCCAAAAUAAUUUGAGCGCGUUAUGUUGCGUCAAUCCAUUGAUUGUGGGCGAAUUUAUUUUCGUUCAAUCUGUUGAGAAAACGUAAUUGAUGUUGAAUUCUUAAACGAAUAAAUACUGUACUGUAAAAUUUCUCUUUGGCCGCAAAGCGUGAAAAGCUAGAGCGUAAAAAUAACGUAUGUUGUUUUGAGAUUUGAAUGUAAAAGAAUUAGGGUAAAACGACCUAUUAUGGAGGGGUUAAGCACCGUUUCAAAAUAAAAUUGAUUACAAAAAUUCUUCAAAAAUUACCUGUUGGUCGAAUUCCACAUUGUAGUAGUUGAAUAGGAUGCUCGUUAACUAUAGUUUCGUAAAUAUUACGUGAAUUGUGCUGAACUUAUGUUGUUUUGUUUUUAUCACAAUAAAAACAAACUACCGCAAUAACAGGACGCAGUUGCCUAUCGUUGCGAUAUUUUUUGAAGGUCAGUCCUAUUGUUGUGGUAUUGCAUGUAAUUCUUAUGGAGAGCGAUACCGCAACAAUAGGACCUUAGCACUACCGCAAUAAUAGGCUCAAGGGAUUCAAAUUUUUAACGAAAAAUGUUGAUUUUUCAUCAUUUUGAACGGAAUUUCGUCAAACAAAAGCUGUUCUAGUCGUUAAUCCGAAGAGUUUUAGCGUACCCACAAUUGUUUUUAAUAGUAUUAUAUCCAGAUUGGACUAUUUUAACACUACCGCAACAUUAGGACAUACCACAACGAUAGGACGUUUUACCCUAGCAUUUCUCACAUUUUGUGUGUGAAAAUGGAGAACAGCAUAAAAAGAAGUUUUACAGUACACAAAUUUUACAUGUCUAAUUUAUUUCGGAUGAUUAUGGCAGAUCUCGAAGUAUUCACAGGAACAGCCUAUAUGAAGGUAUGAAAAAUUCUGAUAUAAAUGAUUACAUAAAUGUAUAUGUGUAUAAAUUAUACGUUAUUACAGCAUUUAGUUAUGUAACGUCCUGUACUUUUUCCGUUUGUAUUCCAUUUAUUUAUUGCAUUUCAGAAAACGGAAGCACAAUUUGAAACAAUUUGAGAAUAAAUAAAAAUAAAUAAACUGAUACAUUAAGUUUA